AUGCGAUCAGAAACCGUCCCUCUCCGCCGUCUACAAGCUUUUUUGGACGAAAGCACCGUUCGGCCACACGUCGGCCGCUUCCUGGUGCCUGGAACAGCUGAUGCAGAUGUCGUCUUCUCCGAUACGCCCAUCAGCUUUAUGAUGGGUGUCAACGCCGAGACGGGUGUUGUAAUGGACGAGCAUCAUCACCUCCGUGGAGUGUCUCUACAGGGAAAGGCAUUUGCGUUGCGCAAGGGGCGCGGAUCUUGUGCCUCGAGCGCAGUGAUUCUAGAGCUGCUUUACAUAGGAAAGGCCCCGAGUGCGCUGAUAUUUCGCGAGAUGGAUCCUAUACUUCUUUUAGGUAUCUUGCUAGCGGGAGCUCUCUACUCCAAAUCCAUCCCCGUCGUUCAGAUCGAUGACGAUGUUGCAUGGGAAAAACUAUCCAAGGCUAAGUCUUGCAAAAUCACAUCCAAGGGUCUGAUGAUCGGCGAUGAGCUGAUGUCACUCGAUCGGCCAUACUCUCAGAGUGUCAAGACGAGUCCCGAGGAUGAUUGCAUGCUACGGGGCGAGGGCUACGACCUAGCCACACAGAUGGCUAUGGAGUUGAUAGUUGAGUUUGCGUCAAUCCAGGGCGCAAAGGAUCUAACCAACGUCUCCCAAGUCCAUAUCGAUGCCUGUUGUCACGUGGGCCAGACCAGCCUCCUAGUUCCGCAGCGCCUUCUCGAGCUCGGAGGCCAUGUCCGCGUGCCAGCCACCUGCAACUCCCUCGACGUCGACCGACAAAGAUGGAGGGCCCUAGGCACCGACCCCGACAUCUCCCAGUUUGCUUCCAAGAUUGGCGAUGCGUACCUGGCCAUGGGCGCCACCAUGAGCUUCACCUGCGCCCCGUAUCUACUCGACAGCAAGCCGCAGCAGGGCGACCAGAUCGCUUGGGGAGAAUCCAACGCCGUCGCAUUCGCCAAUAGCGUGCUCGGUGCUCGCACGCAGAAAUAUCCCGACUACCUCGACGUUUUGAUCGCCCUCACAGGACGGGCUCCAGUCAUGGGUUGCCACCUAGACGAGGGCCGCCGACCCACCAUGUCCUUUCACAUUAACACGGAUGAGCUCUCUGGCUUCGACGAUUCGCUAUUUCCUCUUCUCGGCUACCACAUAGGAUCUUUGGUGGGCGGAGACAUCCCCAUCAUCUCUGGCCUCGAGAGCAGCAAUCCUGGUGUCCCAGACUUGAAGGCAUUCAGUGCCGGGUUCGCUACAACGUCGUCAGCGGCCAUGUUUCAUAUCCGAGGCGUGACACCAGAGGCAGAGACAGUGGUUGUACCAAAGGGAAUUCCUAAGAUGACUAUAAGAAGGAGAGAGCUGGCCAAGACUUGGCUACAGCUCCAAUCAGCCAAAAACGACACCAUCGACAUCAUCGCAUUAGGAAACCCCCAUUUCGCACUCGAAGAGUUCCCUCGCUUGAUCCAUCUCAUCAAGAACAAGACCAAAUCUCCCAACGUGGCCGUGGUCAUCACCACAAGCCGCUUCGUCUACGAAAAGGCCGAGGAGGCCGGUUACCUAGACGUGGUGGUCAAGUUCGGGGCGCAAUUCAUCACCGACACGUGUUGGUGUAUGCUGAAAGAGCCCAUCAUCCCUCCCAACGCGCAGAACAUCAUGACCAUCUCGGCUAAGUACGCUCAUUAUGGGCCGGGAGUGUCGGGAAGGGGUGUCGCUUUUGGCAGCUUGGCUGAUGCGGUAGAGGCUGCUUGCUCUGGGACGCGUCCAGUCGCUCCUGCGUGGCUAUUUGGGCUGUGA